AGGAACACAGCAGUCCGUGCAAAAUUCAAUAUACCCAGUGACAGCUUCACAGUAUUCAUCCAAAUCCUCUGAAUGAAACACAGACCAGUCUGGAGCAUCAAAGCACCCUUGUAGUUUAAUGCCACUCUCUUUUGUCCAGCACUGGACAGUCUGUAGAGCUGGCUUUGAUUGUCUGCUCCUCUGUAUGUAGGUAGGAAGAAGGAGUACAGAGGAGUGAUCAGAUUUUCCAAAAGCUGGUCUGAGGCUCAACGGAUAAGCAGACUUGACGUUGCUGUAACAAUGAUCCAGAAAAUGCGCUCCUCUAGUAGGGUAUUUAAUGUGCUGAUAGUAGUUGGGAAUAACAGUUUUAAGAUUGCAUUUGUUAAAAUCACCAGCUACUAUAACCGCGGCGUUAGCAUGGGAGUUCUCAAAUUUAUGUAAGAUGUCACUUAACUCAGCCAGAGCAGGAAGAAUCCGCCCGUGGAUGUAUGUAAACAGCACCAGAAGCAACACAGAGAACUCCCGGGGGAGAUAAAAGGGGCGGCACUUCACAGCCAAGCAUUCCAGGUUAGCCUUACAUGUUUUGUUUACAAUGACACAAUCCGUGCACCAGUUUUCAUUAAUAAGAAGGCACACACUUCCUCCCUUCGAUUUCCCGGUCCGCUUUUCCACUCUGUCCGAGCGGUGAACGGAGAAACCAGGUGGCUGGAAAGUAGAGUCCGGCACGUUGCUGUGAAGCCAUGUCUCGGUCAGGCAGAACACGGAGCACUCCCGGGCCUCGCUGGGUGUUGAUGCGGCACAGCAGGUCAUCCGUCUUGUUGGACAGUGACUGGACGUUUGCCAGGUAGAUGGAUGGCAGCGGAAUCCUCGACGGGCGGCUACGUAGCUUCACGAGCAGCCCUCCCCGCUUCCCUCGGUGUCUGCGCUUCCGCCGCCAGCAACCCGUACCGUCCCCGCUCUGAGGCUCAGUUUUCUGCUCUAAUAUUCGUGGAGUUCGUGGCUCUGAUGAUUGUAGCUUCACCGCUGGUUCAGGUUCAGGCUCAGAUGGACGGAGCUGUCGAGGAGUUAUUCCUGAACGUAACUCCGCUCCACAGGGCGGAACGUUACAUUCAGACUGAACUCAACAAACUAGAGGCCUCGGACUCUUGCUGUGGUUUGAGGAGUUUUGAAGACUGGGAGAAUCAACUUCCUGUUUCCUGUUUGUGCUCGCCUCCCCCUGAUCUGGACACCAAAGUUCCUCCUGCUAACUCCAGCUCAGAUGGUCUAUGUGUGGUCUCACAUCAGUUCUGGGUUCACUCCAAGGCCUGCGGUCCCAUCCUGAAGAGCUACCUGAGUUUUCCCAUCAAACUGCGGAUUGGGAUCAUCUCAGCGUUCGCCACCAUCACGAUGGCGGCCAUCGCUCUGUGUCUGGCUCUGGGUUUAGAGAAAUAUUGGAAAACUCCUCCAGUGGAAACUACAGUCGACGACUACAACAGAGUGAAAUACCAACCGAAGCCCAGCUACACCUGACCUCUGACCUCUGACCUCAGACACCGUAACCAAAACCAAGCUUUGUUUUGGAGGCAGCAGAUCUUCACUUGUUGAGUCCAGUUCUUCUUUAAAGAUACGUCAAAGUGGGACGUUGGGCUGUUUUCAACCGACGUUUCCACAAUGUUUGGUUUUUAAAAUAAAACAAAAAGUCCUGUAAACACCAGCAGCUGCUCAGACAAACCACUGCGGCUGUAGAAACUUUAUGAACAGUUUUCUCCUUCUUGUUUGUGUAGUUUCAUCCUUGGACCACCAGAUGGCGGUAGAGCUGAACAUAAAGGCUGUAGCUGGUUUCCAGUCAGUUUCAGUCAAUAAAAGAAUUAAAAGCU